AUGAUUCCUGACCAUUACUUCGACGAAGGCCUGAACGGCACCCUGUACCCGAACGAUAUGAAGCAAGUUAAUGGUAAGGUGGCCUAUGGGAAGACGCAGGCUGAUUACGAGCAAGAACAGCGAGACAUGCUCUCGUCACAAGAUGGCGACACUUGCGAGACCCACGAUCAGUUCUAUCGCGACCACAAGCUGCUGCUGGUGCUGUUCCGAGCUCUAGCCGUGAUGCCUAUCACCAGGUCACGCCCAGGCACAAUCACCUUUAGCUGGAAAUCCCGCGCCACCAUGUACGCCAUCUCCUUCUACAUAGUAGCCACCGUGGUGGUCCUCAUGGUGGGCUAUGAGCGCGUCAUGAUCCUGCGCUCCAUCAAGAAGUUCGACGAGUACAUCUACGCCAUCUUGUUCGUGGCGUUCCUCGUGCCGCACUUCUGGAUACCCUUCGUGGGGUGGGGCGUGGCGCAUCAGGUCGCCAUUUAUAAGACUAGCUGGGGGAAGUUUCAAGUUCGAUACUACCGGGUGACUGGCGAAAACCUGCAAUUCCCAAACCUGCAGACCCAGAUCGUCAUCAUAAGCGUGGGCUGCCUCCUCCUGGCCGUGUGCUUCCUCCUCAGCCUCUGCGCCCUCAUGGACGGCUUCCUCCUCCGCCACACCACCGCCUACUACCACAUCAUCAUCAUGAUCAACAUGAACUGCGCCCUCUGGUACAUUAACUGCAAAGGCAUCAAGAUAGCAUCGCAAAGCCUAUCGGAAUGUUUUCGCAGGGACGUAAACGUGGAGAUCUCGGCGAAGCUGAUCUCGAGGUACCGCUUCUUGUGGCUGAACCUCUCUGAGCUACUGCAGUCACUCGGCAACGCCUACGCGCGGACUUACUCCACCUACUGCUUAUUUAUGUUCUUCAACAUAACUAUCGCGGUGUAUGGCGCGCUCUCUGAGAUCGUGGACCACGGCUUAAAAUUCAGCUUCAAGGAGAUGGGGCUCUUUGUUGACGCAGCUUACUGCUCCACUCUACUGUUCAUCUUCGCUGAUUGCUCCCACAAAUCCACGCUCAAGGUGGCGGCUGGAGUGCAAGACACAUUGCUGGGUAUUGACGUGUUGGCUGUCGACAGGCCUGCUCAAAAAGAGAUCGACCACUUCAUCCAAGCCAUCGAGAUGAAUCCCGCUGUUGUGAGCCUUAAAGGUUACGCGCACGUCAACAGAGAGCUACUUACUUCGACAAUAAGCAUGAUAGCUAUUUAUUUGAUCGUGCUGCUGCAGUUCAAGAUAUCGCUACCAAAAACUGACUCGUAAAACACCCAAUCUACUUGGAAUUUUCCUGCGGCUAAAAGGUUAUUCACAUACUGAGACAAACUUAUUCCUU